AGACCUAAUAAAGUCGAGUGUUAGAUAGAAUAUUCAGCUUUUAAUUUAUAUAUUGAGCGAAAUAGUUAUUAAUGGUUAACAAAUACCAAUAUCACGCGCGUACAAUAGUGUGGUAUAUAAUGUUACGCUUCUUUCUUUUUGUUCAUAAACCAUGGCACAAGAAUUACCAACCGCCAUUCCGCAAUCGCAAGGAAGCUCCACGAAGAAACGGCCUACGAAGAACGACAAAGUGUGGCUGGAGGACUAUCUCCACUUCCUUCAUUCUCGGCAAACGCUUCACCUAACAAUGAAUCAACUUAAUCAGGUCAUCCGCAUUCAUGGCUUCAAGAAAAUCCACAACGCUCCCAAGAAAUUGCAAAACCUAUCUGGAUUCCGUGAGCAGAAGGUGCUGGUGGAGGCGGUGGAGUCGCUGGAUCUUGUAGAUGUGCCGCGUUCGACCCUACGUGACAGCGUCUCGGCGUUUGCGGCGGUGGCAUUGGAGGACGUGGUGGCGGAUUUGGCAGAGCUCAAAUGGCAAGAGUGCUGCGUAACCUCCGUCGAGAGAAUAAGUUUCUCCGAAGGCAAGAGCGUGUUGCCUGCUUCUUCCGAUGAGAGCUUCCGAGUUACGAGCCAGUCGAAGAGUAUGGAGGCAGUCCGUAACCUAAUCCCUAAAGAUUCCCGGAGAAGCCUGAAACCAACAAAAAUGGUGCCGAAGCGUAAGAGAAGUAAGGUUCCCGCUCCCGACUCUGUUGCCUCAACUGUAGAUUCCGCUUCUCUCGCUUCCUGCUGAGUCAAUGAGUGAAUAUGCUCUAUAUAUGAGUAAAACUUUAAAUAGGAGAAUGGAUACGACACUAGAUAUGAAUGAGUUCCAGUGUCAGGAUACUGUGAACGUGUCUCAACAAAAUGGCAAGUGUUUUACCUUUGAA